AUGUCGGAGCAUCACACUACAGAAGUGACACGGGUGGGGAACGUGAGAUAUGCCGCGCUACCUAAGAUUGAAUACCGCUGGAUGAAGGAUGGGCUGGAGCCGGAAGAUUUCUUCCGGGGGCUUUCGAACACAGUGAUGGGCGAAGCAGAGACUGCGUACGGCAUGGAGCUGGAGCGCAUGCUAAGCGAGCCCGCGCAGGCUAAUGGGGUGACGUGGGACGUGGUGUCGCAGUUCUUCGACACCCUGAAACGGCAUUUCCCCGUACAGACGCCAGAACGGAUGAGGGAGUUCGCAACUUUCAAAAGGAAGCCGGGGGAGUCGCUGCUGGCGACGUACGGCAGGUUGCGGGAGCUCGCAACGGAUAUGGAAUGCCGGGACGAGUGGAGGUUGGUCUCCAAAUUCCUGAAUUGCGUGGACGAGCGCGUGGCCGGGGACGUGAGAGGCAGAGUGUUCGAGAUGGGACCUUCGGCCACGCUGGAGCAUGCGUACGAACUGGCGAAGAAGCACAAGAUUGGGUUCCGCCUCUACGAGAUGGAGAGGGGCGUCAUGCACUCCGAAGAGCGCCGCAAGCCUGCCUGGGCGGCGGUGGCGACAGGGGAAUCCUCUAGCAGGCGUGGCCCACGGGAAGCGGAGACUCGGAGAUGCCAUCGGUGCGGACAGGAGGGACACCUGCAGCGUGAUUGCAGUAGGCCACCGAGGUGCGACCACUGCCAGGCAGAAGGGCAUCUGCGCCGGGAAUGCCCUGAUCUCCCCACGUGCGAAAAUUGCGGGAGGCGAGGACAUCGCACCUCGGACUGCUACAGCCGAAGGCCAGGGUCGGCAGGGCCGAGGAAUAAAGGAGAUCUAGAGGAGUAG